AUGGCGUUGGUGACCGGUUUUUCGACUCGCUUGGUUGCCUUCGGGGCGCGCCAGCGCGGCCGCGUGAACUGGCAUGUGUGGAAGUUCGUUCAAAGCUGGAUUUUGCCGGGGGGUUUGGGAGCAGCACGUUGCACGUGGAUGUUUGGGUUAGAGAAGUGGGACAUUCAUCAUUCAGGUUGUGCUGGUGCCUGGCCCUGGCGCUUUUGCGGUGUGAUUGGGACGACCUCCCAAGGAGGAACUGUCGGCGAGGCGGUGCGACGUGAAGAGGGUUGCUCUUCGAGAAAAAGGAGGUCCCGCGCGGCCCGGAAAAGGAGGUCGCACCUCCGAUGCCAUCGUCGUUCGCGGGUGGCACGGGGGGUUGCAUACAGUCGUUGCACAAGCUCCCUCACUUAG